AUGUCUUCCAUCAUUGGGCAGGGUAUAGCCGGUCAUUUGAAUGCGGACUGGAAGCCAAGUCAGCCUUCUGCAGCACCAGCACCAGCACGCCGCAAAGAUUUAGAUAACAACAACAUAGGAACGGUUACUGGACAGCAGGGUGCUUGGCAGGCAACGCAAGAUGCCAGAAACACCCCAAGCCAGCAAUCUCCUUCCGACAAGCAAGCUCCCUCCAACACUCAGGAUGAUGGCCAAUAUCACCCAAACCAACCCAAGCCCCAGGCAUCACAACUUGCCAAAGCUCCAGAUGCUGCGAACCAAGAAACAACUCUGGGACAGCAAGCUUCUUCGCUGACACCACAAAAUCGUGCAAGUCAGCAAUUGUCUCCAAACAACCAAGCACCCUCCAACACUCAGGAUGAUGGCCAGUAUCACCCAAGCCAGCAAUUAUCUUCAAACAAGCAAGCAGCACCGAUCACUCAGGAUGAUGGCCUAUAUCACCCGAACUCAGCCGGGGGCAACGAGAGCUCUUCUACUUUAAGUAACGGCCAAUACAAUCCGAAGCAGCAACCGGCAGAAGGCCAUCCUCAGAUGAAUCAAGCAUCCACCGCAACACAACACGGAUCAAGCACAAACGCAUACGACAGCCAGCAAUUAGGCUGGAGUCAAGUUGCCCCAGAAAGCGGAAGUUGGAAUUCAGUGGUCGAUGCUACCCAGUCGCCUACCCCCACUCAGCUACACCCUACCGGCCAUGGAACAUCAACAACUGCUCCUCCAAUACCCACAAAUUCAGAAUCAGAUUCAUCUGCCAGUUCACCCGCCGCACGUGCGGGCAUUGCUCUGUCGGUCUGUGCUGCUGUAGCACUCAUUGCGCUUCUGAUUUUGUUCCCACUUUGUAAGCGACGCAAGCGCCUCCAAAAAGUACUUGGCGAUAGCCAAAAAGAAGCUACCGCGCAUGACCCUCCUCUACACGGAGCUGCCCAGCCUCUCCAUGAGUGCAUCUCAAAAUUUUACAGCCACAGUGCUCGACUCGUUUUUUCAACGACAGCUUUCAUGAGACUCAAGCGGCAAACUUCAAACCCUGCCCCGUAUUUUGGUGACACCCAUGUUCGCAGUGAGACAAACAACAAUGCCAUUGUUCCACAUAAGUCUCCUCGAAUUGAGAUUUGCCCUGCGCCCCAAGACUCACCACCUGCCUCGGUUUCUUCUUGGGAGACAGAACUGUCUAAAUCGCAUUCCAACAGUUCCUUGGCACCGUCAGAAGCCGCAAGCCUACAAACGGGAAGUCCCAAUCCCGACCAUGUAAAUGGCCUAGGGACACUGGAGAACCUGAGCGUGGGAAACCUCGUCGCUGUCAAUCCACUAAUGAAAAAUAUUUAUACCGUGGAAAUGGAUUAUAGCUCUAGAAGAGCUGGCCAGCUUGACCUUCAAGUCGGCCAACGUUUGUGCAUAAUGCAGGCAUUUGACAAUGGAUGGGCAAUGGGAGUUCGCCUCGACUGUCCUGAAGGAGGAUUAGUGCCCCGCUCUCAUCUCUCUGUUGAACCUGAAAACCAACCUAUUCGAUGUGCUGGCGAGCAGAGGAAAUCAAACCGAUACUCUCUUAAUGAACGAGCUUUUAGUUUGGGCUCGCGCUUUUAUUCUUUGUUUCAUUCCUCGGCGCAAGAUCCACAUUCCUCCCCUGUUUAG